CUUGCUGUUGGGGUUGGUGUCGGCCAUCCGUUACGAAGCCGGCUGUGAGAGAGACUUUAUUCUCUUAACUUGUAGCUCGUUAAAUGGCAGAUAUGGAGACGUCUGCGACCUCGCACAAGAAACAGAAGUUGAGUAACGCGGUUCAGAACUGGGGAAUGCAACGUGCUACCAAUGUCACCUACCAAGCUCACCAUGUGAGCCGAAACAAACGCGGACAAGCUGUCGGGACAAGAGGAGGCUUCCGGGGAUGCACCGUGUGGCUCACAGGCCUGUCCGGAGCGGGCAAGACGACGGUGAGCAUGGCUCUGGAGGAGCACCUGGUGUGUCACGGUAUCCCCUGCUAUACUUUGGAUGGAGACAACAUCAGACAGGGCCUGAACAAAAACCUGGGCUUCAGUCCUGAAGACAGAGAAGAGAACAUACGCCGUAUAGCCGAGGUGGCAAAGCUGUUCGCUGACGCCGGUCUCGUGUGUAUUGCAAGCUUCAUCUCCCCAUACAGCAGGGACCGGCUGAACGCGAGAAAGAUCCACGAAGCAGCAGGUCUCCCGUUCUUCGAAGUUUUUGUGGAUGCACCGCUUGAUGUGUGCGAACAAAGAGAUGUUAAAGGCCUUUACAAGAGAGCCAGAGCUGGAGAGAUCAGAGGGUUCACAGGAAUUGACUCUGAGUAUGAGAAGCCCGAGGCUCCUGAACUGGUGCUGAAGACCGACUCGUGCAGUGUGAAUGAGUCUAUUCAGCAGCUGCUCGAUCUUCUGCAGGAGAGGGACAUUGUACCUGUAGAUGCUUCCUAUGAAGUGAAGGAACUCUAUGUGCCUGAAAACAAGCUGGACUUGGCUAAAGCUGAUGCAGAGACUCUGCCUGCUAUUGAGAUUGGAAAGGUGGACAUGCAGUGGGUCCAGGUGCUGGCCGAGGGCUGGGCGACUCCACUCAACGGCUUCAUGCGAGAGAGGGAGUACCUCCAGUGCCUGCAUUUCGACUGCCUUCUCGACGGAGGAGUUAUUAACUUGUCCGUGCCGGUGGUCCUGCCCGUCUCAGGCGCAGACACGGAGCGUCUAGACGGCUGCACGGCGGUGGCGCUGGUCUACAACGGGCGGCGUGUGGCCAUCCUGCGCAAUCCCGAGUUCUAUGAGCACCGCAAGGAGGAGCGCUGUGCCCGCCAGUGGGGCACCACCUGCAAGGACCACCCAUAUAUCAAGAUGGUGAUGGAGAGUGGCGACUGGUUAGUAGGAGGAGAUCUGCAGGUUCUAGAUCGAAUCUACUGGAACGACGGCCUGGACACCUACCGCCUCACCCCCAACGAGCUCAAACAGAAGUUCAAAGAACUGAAUGCAGAUGCGGUAUUUGCGUUCCAGCUGAGGAACCCGGUCCAUAACGGUCACGCCCUGCUCAUGCAGGACACACGCAGACGCCUGAUGGACCGCGGUUAUCGCCGACCCGUACUGCUGCUGCAUCCGCUGGGCGGCUGGACCAAAGACGACGACGUGCCGCUGCCGUGGCGCAUGAGGCAGCACGCUGCCGUGCUCGAGGAGGGCCUCCUUGACCCUGCCUCCACAGUGGUGGCCAUCUUCCCUUCGCCGAUGAUGUACGCCGGACCCACUGAGGUGCAGUGGCACUGCAGAGCCCGAAUGGUAGCCGGGGCCAACUUCUACAUAGUCGGCCGAGAUCCAGCCGGAAUGCCACACCCUGCCACGGGCAAGGACUUGUACGACCCUACUCACGGCGCCAAGGUCCUUACGAUGGCACCCGGGCUCAUCUCUCUGGAAAUCGUUCCCUUCAGAGUGGCAGCCUACAACAAAGCCAAGAAGGCCAUGGACUUUUAUGACUCCAAAAACCACCAGGACUAUGAAUUCAUCUCAGGCACGCGCAUGAGGAAGUUGGCACGUGAGGGCGAGAACCCGCCGGACGGCUUCAUGGCCCCGAAAGCCUGGACUGUGCUCAAGGAGUAUUAUAAAUCCCUGGAGAAGGCAUAAGUCAGCAGCCGGGUGGAGAGACGAUGGCUGACGGUGGUUCUGUUACAGUCUAAAGAGAGGAAAUGAUGCUGCAGGGAGGAGGGGGGAGGAGACCACGGUCCAACAUGGCACCAUUCAGACCUGUCAGGAUUUGUGUACAGAAUCAUUGCCUCCAAUGUUCUCUUAAUGCUUGUUGCAAACUCUGGUUCUUUAAGUUUCUCUCUCUCUCUCUCUCUCUCUCUCUUUUUCUUUAAAAUUGUUUUUAGAUGGAUUUUUUUUGUUUGUAUUUUUUUUUUUUUUUUUUUUUUUAAUAGAAACUUAACUUAUUGACUCCAAGGAAAUUUUAAAGGCGUAUUAAACGGCUUCACAUGAAGAGCUUUGUCAAAGAGAGGAAAAAAAAUCCACUUAUACGGUUAAAAUUUGAUCAUUGAUGUGUUAUUUAAAGUGUUGUGAUAAAAACAAAAUGAAUCAUCCUCAUUUUCAUAAUUACACCGAUAUUACCGUUGCCAAACGCACGAUAACGUUUCAUAACGUCUCCUAAUUUCAGUUUGUCUCGUUUUUUUUGUUUGUUUGUUUAUAAAAAGGUUUUCACCAAAACCUAAACAAUAAUACGGUACGUCUUUAAUUAAUCAGCUAUUUUGCCUUAACACAGUACGUUUUAUCGGAGGUAGGGAUGCAUCGACUCCAAGCAAGUCUCACUGCUCAGUGUUCACAGAAAUGAUGUGCUUUCUCAUGCAAACUUUUUCUGUUUUUCUACACGCUAGCAACAGUGUUCACUGUUCACACUCGCGGACGCCUCUGUGUGGCACUCUGUAUUCAAGAUACUGUUUAAACAUCACAAGAUUGAUCAAAAUACUUAUAGAUGUAAGCUGCUAGAGUUCUUUCCCACGGAGCACAGAUCGCAGUCUGCUUCGCUUUGAUUGCCGUAAUUCAUCGCGAAAUACUUCUUGUCAUCUGUUCAUUAGCGUGACGACAUACACCAGGAUUACGUAACGUAGUAUCGGAUGUUCGUAUACAAGCGUUUUACGGAACAAGUAAACGAGAACAGCAUGAUGCGGAUACGUGAUACCAGUAACGAUGCAUCCCUAAUCUGAGGUCGUGAAACAGAGUAGGUCAAAACGGUUUGCUGAACUAUGUUACAUGUCAUAAUGACUUCAUCAGUGCAGAUGUGUACAGAUGUGGUUUGGUCGUCUGCACCCGUAACCGUAUGUUCUUUAGUGAUGUGCACUAUAUAGCCAAAAGUUUGUGGACACCUAUUUGUCCUUGUCGAACCUCUCAGUGCUGUUGUAAUAUCCUCCACUAUUCCAGGAAGGCUUUCCACUAGAUUUUGUAACGUUGCUGUGGAGAUCUGAGCUCAAGUCAAGAGCAUUAGUGAGCACAUUUGGACACACUGGUGUGAUUUUGUGGAAGAACAUCAGACGCUCUUAUCCAGAGCAACAUGCGUUUUAUCUCGUUUACACAUUUGAGCAGUUGGUGGUUAAGAGCCUUGCACAGAGGACCAAUAGUGGCAGCUUUGUGGACCUUGAAUUUGAGCUCAUAACCUUCCGAUCAGUGAUCCAACACCUUAACCAUUGAGCUACCACAGACGCUAAGACCGAUGGCUGAAGUUCUGGACUUCAUUGGCCAAGGACCACUUAGGAGGGCAUCUGACCGUCAUGUAAAGCAACAUGACAAGUCCCUUUAAAAACAGACCGGCCUGCAAACACAGAUGGUUCAUUUAAAUAAGUUGCGUAAAUUGACGAGUCUAUAUCAUGAUCCUCAUAAGUGCUUACUGUCAGUUUUAAACACAGCAGCUUCCUUUUUCCAUGAGGGAAGUAGAGCAGAACAACAGCUUUGUUUCCAGGUGGACCAUUUAAAAAUAAAUCAAUCAAUCAUGUACAAUCCCACCAGGAGAUGACCGUUUGCAGGCAUGGUGUUCGAGGCUGAGACUAGGAGUCCACAACCCAUACAGUGCAUCUCAGAUUCAGAUAGUGGAAAGAUCUCUGGUGUCCAAACCUAAGAUGGAUAGUCAAGAGGGUCAGCUGUGGAAUAAUGUCUUUAAUGAUGUAAAGAUGAAUAUGUGAUUAAAACACUUUUACUAAUAUUGAUUUAAUUCAUAAUUAUUAAUUCAUGUAUUUGAUAUGAUUGUCUGUAGCAUAUUAUAACACACAUGUUAAUUAUAACACACAUGUUAAUUAUAACACACAUGUUAAUCGACUGGGAUUGAUAGUUUCUGUAGGUUUUUUUUUUUUCUCAGUCCAGUAUGUAUGUGGACCACUCAUUAGUUUCUAAUCUGUUGCUUUAACCUUUUUUUUUUUUUUACCUUUUCACCAUUGUCUUUUAUUACUAUAUCA